AUGGAUAGCACAUCAAGUUCUACGAACGCAAACUUCCAGAACGAUAAUGACCCAAAGGAAUCAGUAGAAGAAGCAGUACUAAAGUAUGUGGGAGUCGACUUAAAAGACCACGUUAAAAAGAUCAAGAAGAAAUCAAAGAAACAUAAGAAGAAAAAACACGGUUUGAAAAUUUCUCGUGAAGACAAGGAUACCAACAUAGAUUGGUAUUUGAAAGCAUCGGACACAAACGAUUCACGUAAAGAGGGUGACAUAGAACCAGAUUCUGUUGCUGUAGCGGCCAUUGCCGCCGCAUACAACAACUCAAUAAGGGAAAAAGACAAGAGGAGCAACCAUAAACGAUCUUUUAACAGUAGAUCAGAGGGGAAGAAGUACCGUAAAUCAAAAAACUCCAAAGAAAGAAAAGCAAAAAUAAAAAUGGUCCUUGAUCCGGAGUUAACUACACUAGACGAUGCUAUAACAACAGCAGCAUUCUCACCUGAUGAUCUCAUUGCUGAAACAGCUUUUGAUAAGUAUGUUGAUGCUGAAAAGACAUACCUGGUUAAACACCCAAAUAAAUCGUCAGAGGUUGACGAUAAUAAUAAAGAAAACAACUUUGAUAACAAUAGCAGCACGCUAGUUAGGAUUUAUACCGAUUUAGAGGGAAUUCCAAAUGACGGUAGCUACAUAAAACGCACUCCAAAGACACCCGAAAAGGGUAUUAAAUUAGGUGAAUCAACAUUAACACUAGAGGAAAACAAGGGAGAUACUGCAUUGCUGCGAUCUGAUAUUGUGAAAGCCUCUGCAGUCGAUGGUGCUAUCACAAAAUCCGUGGGUAAGAAGUUCACUUCCAGCGAGGAAGAUGCUUUGGACCAGUUUAUCGAAGAAUACAUGAAAAUAAGAGACCUGGAUAGACGCCACAUGUGUGAGAGAAUUUGGUCUACAGACGGGGUCAUUAGAGAUGGGUUUUGGGCAAAUAUCAGCAAAGUUUUGCCUUAUAGAACAAGGUCCUCAAUAUAUAAACAUAUAAGAAGAAAAUAUCAUAUUUUCGAACAACGUGGGAAGUGGACGCCGGAGGAAGAUCAAGAAUUGGCAAGAUUAUGUUUAGAAAAGGAGGGUCAUUGGACGGAGGUAGGCAAAUCGUUAGGCAGAAUGCCUGAAGAUUGUAGAGACCGUUGGAGAAAUUAUAUGAAGUGUGGUUCAAAGAGGGGCUCUAAAAGAUGGUCGAAAGAAGAAGAACAGUUGCUGACUACCGUUGUGAAUGAAAUGAUUGAAGAAGCACACCAAUACCAAGGGAUGAAAGCAUUGGAGGCUGUGAACAAAAGUGAUGAAUACAAUCAAAUGUAUACCAGGGGUCCAAAGGGAAAGAGGAUUAGCGAUAAUCCUACCUUCAAAGAUAUGAUUAAUUGGACUGUGGUCAGUGAACGCAUGAGCGGAACGAGAUCCCGAAUACAAUGCCGCUAUAAAUGGAAUAAAUUAGUGACGGAUGAAGCAGCAAGAAACAUGAUAAGUAUUCCUUUUUCUGAAAGGAAGUGGCUGUUAGAAAAGUUGAGCCAGCUAUCUAAAGCAUCUUAUUCGAAUAUCGACUGGAAUAGUAUAGCUGCCUCUAAGCCAGGAUCUCCCCGGACUGGUCUUGAGCUAAGAUUAUGUUACGAGCAGAUGAGAGAAAAGGUUCAAGACUUCAAAGAAAGGUCGACAGCUGACACAAUCGAGUUAUUGUUAGAACCAAUGAAUUAA